AUGCUCAAUGUGCCAGUGGAAGAACUCCGUGAGGAAGUGGGAGGACUGUGCAUGGAUGUGUUCCUCCAAAUGCUGUUCAAGGAUAACUUCAUCCAUGCCGAUCUUCAUCCCGGAAACAUUCAUUUCCAGAGACGUCGGGUUGGCACAGACUCCGGCCAUUUCUUGCGGUCAGAGCUUGUGAUUUUGGAUGCCGGCCUGGCUGUGCAAAUGUCUGCGCAGGACCGACGGAAUUUCACGGACGUCUUCUAUGCGCUGACCACCAACGAUGGCAGGCGGGCUGCACAACUUAUGGUUGAGCGAACACCCGGCGAUCGCUCCCUCGUGCGAGACGAGGCUGGAUUCGUUGCAGAGGUUGGCAGUCUCGUGAGCGAAGUUUGCGGCAAGGGCUUUGCUCUUGGGAAGGUGCGCUUAGGGGAGUGCUUUGGGCAACUGCUGUCGCUUGCUUGUGAGCAUCGAGUGAAGUUGGAAACCAGCUUUGUCACAGUAGCAACAAGCAUCAUCGUGCUCGAGGGCGUCGGACGGCAGCUGAGUCCCAUCGUGGACCUCGCAGGUGCAGCUAGGCCAAUGCUUGCUGAAGCAAUUGCAAACCGGUGGAGCGGCUGA